AUGUCACAAACCAGGUCCAGUGGUAGUGAAAAUUCAGAACAUCUACACGACCCAGACUUUCUCAGCAAUUCUGCAUCAUCAUUCAAUACUCGAGAUGUUCGUUCAUUGAGAGUGAGUUUCUGCUCAGCUACGCAAGCGAACGAAGUUAUUCCUAAUAGAAAUGUCAACAUUCCACAAGAAUACAUUCUCCCAGGUGUCAACCGUACCGUGCUCGCAAUGGAAGAGCUAGAUAUUGACCAAUUAUGUCAAAAUGAUCAUGAUUAUGUUAAAACAUUCAUUUACAAAUUGCACGAAGUUGUCAAGAAUACGAAACUUGUUAUAGGAACAAGCGAAGCUUCUACUGAUACAUUGUUUCUUAAAGAUUGCAUUACAUUCAAACUUAGAUUACAUCCAUUGUUUAAAUUUUACGUUGGAAAUGUAAUUUUGUCAGCAAAAGCCGAAUUUGAUAAACAUCUAAAUAACAUUAGGCCAACCAAUGACUAUGGGGAACCCCAAAUAGGUGCUGAAAUUCUUGCUUGUGGGGAUGAAAAUAUACGUCAAGCUCGUGAGGCUUUUAAUAUGACUAUAUUUGCAGUUCGUGUGGUUUCCACUUAUGUUACGUUUUACCGUGCUACGAUCAGUAAAAGUUAUUGGAAUGAACUUGCUAUAGGUUGCCCACGACAGCAAUCAAUCACAGUUUUAAGAUGGCCAGGGAAUAGUAGUGAUCCAAUUGUUGGUUUUGAUCUUGCAGAACCAAAUGGAAGAAGAGGUGUGUUAGAAGCAUUAUCCAGGAUUCGUCAUUACUUCUUAUACUAG